AUGAGUUUCUCAAAUACACAGCCUUCUCACUCUCAAUUUGCUCCACAUUCACAAGAAAAUCUGUACAAUUCGAAUGAGAAUUAUAGUUAUUCUCAAGAUGAAGCAUCAUUUCCUAUGUCUCAACAUUUCCAGCAAUCACAAGGUGAUGGGUCAUUUCCAAACUUCAUUAGUUCAUAUCGGUCUCGAGCUGCAUCGGUUGAGCGUGAUGAUGACAACAAUGAAGAAGAAGAUAAAGGAUCGAGGAAAUUCUGGAGGCCAUGUGAAGAAGAGGUUCUCGUGAAGGCGUGGCUAACAGUAAGCCAAAAUAAAGGUAGUAAUACUAAACAAACUGCAAGUAUGUUCUGGGAAAAAAUUACUAAAAUGUUUAAGGAAGUUAAGUGUUAUAGAGAUCGAUGCUGGGAAGAAGGAGUUGAAAGUUUCAAGGAGUCUGACAUCUUACCAUUUGACAGAGAGUUGGGUCAAUUACAAAGUCAAUGGAAAAGAAUACAUGCAAAAGUAUCCAAAUUUGUUGGUGCAUAUGCUCAUGCAGAGUAUCGUCGGAAAAGUGGUGAGUCUGAUGACGACGUCAUGAAAACUGCAUUUGCAAUCUACAAAAAGGAUAAUAAAACAAACUUCAAUAAGCUUCACUGUUGGGAAAUUUUAAGGCUUAAUGAUGUAUGGAAGCCUAUGGGAGAUACUGUAAAAGCUUGCAAAAAGAAGACAGUUAAUCAAGAAAGUGGCUCAAAGAGGUGGAGGAUCAAUGAAGCUGGCAACUACUCCACUUCAAGUGAGCCAAAUACGCCAAGCAGUGGAGACCCAACUACUCCAAACGACGGAUUCACCAAAAAUAAAGGCAAGGGAAAAGUUUUAAACAUGCCUGCAGAAGCCUUUCAAGAGUGGAUGGAUCAAGUCCAAAAAUUAAAUUUGGAGAAAAACAAUGAACUUCAAGUCGAGAUCCAAAGGAUUAAUCAUGAAAAGGAAAGCAACAGUGAGAUGGUCCGGCUAGAAAGGGAGAAAAUUGCAAUUAAAAACAGGAAGAUUAACUUGGAGUUAUUCAAGGUGCUUUCAUCAAGGAAUGAUUUAAAUGAGGAAGAACAACAACUUAAGAGAGAUCUAGUUAAGGUUUUAUUUCCAAUGUAA